ACGCAGUCAGCUCCUGUCCCUCUUUUUCCUUGUUAUUGUUGCUGCUGCUGUUGUGGAAUGCGUUAGCAGCAGUGUCAGUGCUAGACAAAGCUCGCCUUUGAGUGAGGAUCUAAUUUGCGUAAUAAUAACGGUGAUAAUAAUAAAAUAGGAAAAGGGAAAAAAAAAAGGGGGGGAGAUCGUUUCCAAUCGCGCUCGGUGGGAGGGGUGCGAAGAUCUGUGCAGUCAGUCAGAAUAGAAGAAGGAGAAGAAGCAGGGAGAGGAGGAAGAAGAGGAAAAGUAAGAAAAUCUCUGCAACCCCUGGAGUCUCGUUCAGCACCACUCGCUUCUGGACAGCGUCUGAGCAGCGGAGUUUGAUCGAGAAACAGGAGAUUUGUUCUCGAGUCCGGGGACUAACACCGCAUCUGCAACCGUGCGCUUUUAUCCCAACACUUACUAAAUCUCACUGGUAUCUAGUCUUUUUUUUUCCUGACUUCCCACAUGUGUCUUCUUUAUGUUUUUUGUUUUUUUAAUAAAUAAAUCUGCUCCGUGUGGCGGGUUUUGCCAAGCAGCGUUUUUAAAAACAGGAGGCGAGUGCUGACUGGAGCCGGUGUUCGCCAAACAAAGACGCAGGAAGAAAAAGAAAAAAAAAAGGGGGGGACAUCAGAGAUCGCAGAAGUUCAUUUUCUCCACUUUAAGCUCACUUAACAUCUGGAGGAUUUAAAAAAAAGGAGCCUGCCGUGGGACACGCCGGGUCCUUUUGUGACUUCCUGCCUGUUUGAAGGACCAAGAGGAGAGCUAAAUGCACCUGAGUGAUUCUGGAGAAGCAGAGAAGAAAGGCAAACUUCACAUCUUUGUUCUUGCCUUAUGAGAAAGCUCUCUGUGGACAUCUACAGCUCACCCUGUACAUCCUAGCUACUGCAUGUAUCCACCGCUCUCAGGUGCAGGAAAAGAGUGAAACACAAAGAGGAAUGGAAAAAGAGUAAAAGAUAAAGAGAGCGAGGCUGCAUAAUUAGUAUUACCUAGUUUGUGUCAAAGGUAGAAACGAUGAGAAGAGGCUUCUGAAGACUGUCUGCGUUCUGAAAAAAUACUGCGGCUUACCUUCAGGACAUUUGUAUGUGUGUGUGGGUAUAUGUGUGCACACCUCUUUCAUUUUCAAAGGACUUGAAUUUGUAUUUGGAUGCGGAUUUAGCCUUUCAUUAUGAUUCUGCGAGGAGGCUUUGAGAGAGCGUGGAUUGGCAGCCACAGAAGUGUCUGCUGCUGGGUGUUGCUGCUGGCUUGUUAUUUCUUGAUCGCCUUCGCAGCCAAACCCAAAAUGCCAGGCCACACACACCUCAAUUCAAUACGCAUCGACGGGGACAUAUCUCUAGGUGGGUUGUUCCCAGUGCACGCGAGGGGAAAUGAUGGCAAAGCAUGCGGCGAGCUGAAGAAGGAGAAAGGGAUCCAUAGGCUGGAGGCCAUGUUAUUUGCCCUGGAUCGUAUCAAUAAUGACAACGAGCUGCUGCCUAAUAUCACCCUUGGGGCGCGUAUCCUGGACACCUGCUCCCGGGACACCCAUGCUCUGGAACAGUCGCUGACAUUUGUUCAGGCUCUGAUUGAGAAAGACUCAACUGAUGUCAAGUGUCUCAGCGGAGGGCCGCCCAUCAUCACUAAGCCUGAGCGAGUGGUGGGAGUGAUUGGAGCGUCUGCCAGCUCCGUGUCAAUCAUGGUAGCCAACAUAUUGCGUCUCUUCAAGAUCCCUCAGGUGAGCUACGCCUCCACGGCUCCAGAGCUGAGCGAUAACACCCGCUACGACUUCUUCUCCCGGGUGGUGCCACCAGACACUUACCAGGCCCAGGCCAUGGUAGACAUCGUCAAAGCCAUGCGCUGGAACUACGUCUCCACGGUUGCUUCUGAGGGAAACUAUGGAGAAAGUGGCGUCGAUGCGUUCAUUCAAAAGUCUCGAGAGGAUGGUGGUCUGUGCAUUUCCCAGUCUGUGAAAAUACCACGUGAACCAAGAACUGGAGAGUUUGACAAGAUCAUUCGCAGGCUGAGUGAGAACCCUAACGCCCGAGUAGUCAUUAUCUUUGCCAAUGAGGAUGACAUCAGGCGGCUCCUUCAGGCAUCUAAGAAGGCCAAUCAAACAGGCCAUUUCAUCUGGGUGGGUUCAGACAGCUGGGGAUCCAAAAUCUCCCCCAUACUGAACCAAGAAGAAAUGGCAGAAGGCGCCGUCACCAUCCUACCCAAACGGCAGUCCAUCAAAGGUUUUGAUCGCUACUUCAUCAGCCGAACGCUCGAGAACAACAGAAGGAACAUCUGGUUUGCAGAGUUUUGGGAGAAUAACUUCCAAUGCAAGCUUAGUCGGCAUGCUGUGAAGAAAGGAUCCGGUAUCAAAAAAUGCACAAACCAUGAGCGGAUCGGGAAGGAUUCAUCCUACGAACAAGAGGGGAAGGUUCAGUUUGUGAUUGAUGCGGUUUACGCCAUGGCUCACGCUCUACAUAACAUGCACAAAGAUCUAUGUCCUGGAAAAGUCGGCCUCUGCAACAAGAUGGACACCAUCAACGGCACACUGCUGCUCAAGUACAUCCGCAAUGUCAACUUCACAGGAAUUGCUGGCACCCCGGUGGUCUUCAACGUGAAUGGAGAUGCUCCUGGUCGCUAUGAAAUCUACCAAUACCAGAUCACAAAUAACACCACAGAAUACAAGAUCAUUGGCCACUGGACCGAUCAGCUCCACUUAGACACCAAUGAAAUGCAGUGGCCUGGCGGGAACCCAGAAGUCCCCUCCUCUAUAUGCAGCCAACCCUGCCGUCCUGGACAGCGCAAGAAGACCGUGAAAGGAAUCCCAUGUUGCUGGCACUGUGAGAACUGUGAUGGUUACCAGUAUCAGGCAGACACUUACACCUGCAAGAUGUGUCGCUUUGAUUUGCGGCCUAAUGAGAACCACACUGGCUGCGAUCCCAUUCCUAUUGUCAAGUUGGAGUGGAGCUCCCCGUGGGCAGUCAUCCCAGUCCUUCUUGCAGUCCUGGGCAUUAUGGCUACUCUGUUUGUGGUCGUCACCUUUGUUCGCUACAAUGACACACCCAUUGUUAAAGCAUCAGGUCGAGAACUGAGCUAUGUGCUGCUGACAGGUAUCUUUCUGUGCUAUGCUACAACAUUCCUCAUGAUCUCCAGUCCUGAUGUGUUCAUAUGCUCCCUGCGACGGAUUUUCCUUGGCCUGGGUAUGAGCAUAAGUUAUGCAGCACUGCUUACCAAGACAAAUCGGAUCUACAGGAUUUUUGAGCAAGGCAAGAUGUCAGUCAGUGCCCCUCGAUUCAUCUCCCCAGCCUCCCAGUUAGUCAUCACAUUCAGCCUGAUAUCCGUGCAGCUCCUUGGGGUGUGCAUCUGGUUUGGUGUUGACCCAUCGCAAGCCAUCAUCGACUAUCAGGACCAGCGUACAGCCAAUCCUAAAAUGGCCCGUGGUGUUCUGAAAUGUGAUAUAUCAGACCUGUCCCUCAUCUGUCUGCUGGGUUAUAGCAUGCUGCUGAUGGUCACCUGCACAGUUUACGCCAUCAAGACCAGAGGGGUUCCCGAGACGUUCAACGAGGCCAAGCCAAUCGGCUUCACCAUGUACACCACCUGCAUUGUAUGGCUUGCCUUCAUCCCCAUCUUCUUUGGGACCUCACAAUCAGCAGAAAAGAUGUAUAUCCAGACAACAACCCUGACCAUCUCUGUAAGCCUCAGCGCGUCAGUCUCUCUGGGAAUGCUCUACAUGCCCAAGGUCUACGUGGUUCUCUUCCAUCCAGAGCAGAACGUACCCAAGCGCAAGCGCAGCCUGAAGGCUGUGGUCACCGCGGCCACCAUGUCCAACAAGUUCAACCCCAAAGGCGGCCUGAGGCCCAAUGGAGAGGCCAAGUCUGAACUCUGUGAAAGUCUUGAAACACAAGCGUUGGCCUCCAAGCAGACAUACAUAAGCUACAGUAACCAUGCCAUCUAAGCCAGAGACGAACCUUGGAAGCGGAGCGACAGCCUGCCUGAGGAGAAAUCACCUGAUUCUGGGGGGAAUACUGGGGAAAUACUAGAGGACUUCCAAGCUUCUACAGCAGAGAGGACCAGGGGUGGAAAGAUGGGAAUUUGUCACUCCACAAACAGAAAGGAUGUCAUAUUUUUCUAGAGAAUCAGGUACAGGCUCGAAUGCCAAAUUUAUGAGAAAUUAAUAGAUUUGCAGUAAGGAGAUGGGAGACGUAAGGGAGAUUGGACAGUUAAUUUUCCUCUUCCCACCCUUUCUGAGACACGUGAGCGCUGAGUAGUGACGUUUCCAGAUGCAGGCUGAUUGAACCCACCUGGAACCUACAGUAUGUUUUCCUUCUGAAGUGUAUAGCACACAUUUUCAGCUUCCCCUGGAGCUGAAUCGUUUGUCUCAUUUCAACAAAAACAGGGGAAAAAAGUGUUUUUUUUUGCUCAAGUCAAAUACAGUUCACAAGAUGAAGCAGUAUAAAAAAAAAGUAAUUUUUGGUUACUGGUAUUAUUGAGGUUGAAAGCUGCAGUACUCUUCAAACUGUACAUGCCUUACUACGGUACAUUCAGUAUUCCUACAUAUCUGAAACUGAAAACAAAGCAGUGGGUCAUCCCAGAUUUUUUUUUUUUUUUUAAAUAAAUGUUUCAUAAUAAUGAUGAUGAUGACGCCAUCAUUUUGGCAAACCUAGUGUACAGUCCCAGAGCAUGCUUGUGGGAGCAUCACGUGUACUGUGCUGUGUUGUCAACGUCUAUGGAAUGCAACAUUUGUCAUGGUUGUCAUUCACAGUGGAGAUGUCAUUUUGGACCAUUACCCACUGGGUUACCCUCUGCUGAAUAAAGAGUACUUUCAAAACAAAGCAAAACAAUAAAAAAUAAAAAAAUAAAAAAUUGCCAUGGAAUAUCUUUAUAGUUUACACCACAGUCAAUAAAUGUCAGCCUGGACUUUGAGACUUGUUGAUGCAUACUUUUUAAAAAAAAAACAUCCCAGAUUUUUUUGGCCCUUAUUUAUCAUCUGCUUGUUGAAGCCUUUGCAAAUUCAAGAAGUUCGUGAAACAUUAAAGUCGCCCCAUUUGUUAAAUUUCCAUCCCAGACAAUAUGAAAGAUGAAUUCUUGACACUUGACACAGAAAUGACAGUGUUAUUUACACAUUGUUUUCUAUAUUUGUGGAUUUCUAUGUUUAAAAGAAAGAAUUCAAAAAUAUAUUUUUAAUUUUUAUAGCAGUGGAGCUACGAUAACAGUAUAUUCUUUCUUUAAACGCUUGAUUUUCUAAGGAAUUAAACAGUGUUGUCAUAACAGGGUUAUUAUUUUUAAAGUGUCACAGUACGAUAUGAUUGGUUCACAUUGGAGAGAAUUACAAGGGAACACUGCUGUGUUUUGUGGUAGACGUGGAGAUAAUUUGUGUUUCUUGCCAAGAUUUUUUUUCCACGUCCGUGUCAUGAAUUUUGAGGCUACAGCAGAAAUGAUUAAUGGAAGUUUUAAAAGUAAUUUGGGUACAAAAUUAGGCUCAUGUAGAUCCUCAGCAUGACGACCCAUUUGGAGAAAGUGCACGCUCAGUUCAGACAGCCAAAAUGUUAAAGAUAAUUAGUUGGAUGACGUGGUGUGGGAUUUUCUUAAGGAGGCAGGCUCAAAAGGACGUUUUUAAUGGCUAACACUAUAGCCUAUGUUAUGUUCUCCGCAGGCUUGGGGAUAGUAAUUGUAAUUUCCACAUAUAUGCAUAUUAAAUAGUCACUUCAUUGAGCCAAAGCAGGCUUCGUAAUGAUAAACCUGCAUUAAGUAAUAGCGUUGCUUAUACUGUGGAUCCAGGGUCACUUAUACUGCGGAUCCCACUGAGAAUUAACACUGAAGUCUGCAGCUCUCUGAGGCUUUUAGCUUCAUGUGGCGCAUUGUUUGGGUUUCUUGCAAAACACAGACUGUGUGGUUGAGUCUUAAGACACUCACCAGUCCCUUGGGAAGUUAAACAUAUUUUCAGCAAAUGUUCAAAAGGAAUUAAAGUUAACCAGUGAAUGUAAAUGAAAGUUUAACAUCUAGCGACUCUGAGAAGAGAGAUAAGGGUAAAUUAAUACUAGACUUCUGUUCAUCAGGUAGUCAGACGCAUGAUAUGAACAGGAUAUUGUUCUGUUUGAGGAAUGUGAAAGCAGGCGGCAGUUUGCUAACAUACUGAUACGCCAAUUUGUCUCAGGUUUGUGUUUCUGUGUUUGUUUUGGAGUCUUUCUGCUUCUUGUUUAAUGCAUCCUUAAAGUUAUAAGAAGCUCACAUUGACACAUUAAUUUUCAUAAAACCUCUCAGUUUUAGAUCAAACCGAGGUGUACAGGGGCUUGAUAAAUAAGGGCCAGUGCCUCCAUUCUGUGCCUCAUAUUCCAUUAAACUCCUCUUUCCGUGCAUCCUUCAUGGUGUCGUUUGCGUUGCAUCCAUUCCGUUCAAACAUGAUGAAGAGAAGACUCAAUGUACAAUUUCUAAUUAAGUGUGUAAACUCCAUUUCCGUCUGCAGUCUCUAAAGUAUUUGUCAUAAACAGUAACUCUGGAAUUUGUCUCAUUAAAUGUUAUCCUCAGCAAUGCAAAAAUGUGUAUGUUGCAUGUCAAAACUCAUAACAAACCAUGUGAACAAUUUAAGAGAAAGGUAUAAUGUCCAGAAGGAAAACUACUGCAGACGAUUAUAAAUAACUAAUAUUUUGGUUUAAUAAAUGACUCAGCUUCGACAAAAGUCUAGGGUGUUGCCGCAAAUGUUGUUUUCUCAUCAUUUUGAUAUUGAUUGAAGUAUCGUUUGUGGGAUUGUUUGUGUUUGUGAAUAUGAUAAUUUACUGCUUUUUUUUUGCCACGACCCCUUCCCCCCCCCUUUUAUUUUUCUCAAACACUUUGUCUGUGUUACAAAAUAGAAUAUGUAAGUGCUGACUGAAAUUAAAUGGCAAGUUAAUGUACGUUAUUAAAAUGGAUUGAUCAUGUCUGCUUUAUGUACUGAAUUAUUUAAAAAAAAAAAAAGAAAGAUAAAAAAGAAUUACAGUGCCUGGAUAUUUAUGAAUUAUCUAUAGAAAAAAAUUAAAAUGUGUAGAGCAUGUUCAUUUUUAUACAAGAUAUUUCUAAUAAAAGACUGUUUUGCUAAUAAAGUGUUGCUCUUUCUUCUUAGUUACCAAGUCAACAGAAAAUGUAUUGUUUUGAGUAUACAGUAUUUUACCUUGUGCUACAGUGUGUAGUUCCAUUGUCGUAAAUUUGGACAGCGAUACAUAUUUACCGUUACAUCAUUUCUGAUCAAAAACUAGCGAGUCGACAACUUUGCGAACAGCCAAA